GUCAAAGUGAAACUUGUGAGGGAAAACACGGAGCCUUCACACUGCACAAGGGUAUGAGGUGGGGGAGGAGGGUCUGAGUUCCCGGUCGAGCCCGGCGGCUCUGAACUAUUGGCCGACAGCAGGGGAAGCUUACCUGUACCUGUAAAGGGGAGUGCCAUUCGUCAUCGUCGGACUCCGAAUCAGGAUCAACUUCCAGCGAUCCGGAGAGGUAGAAGUCGGCGAGCACGGCUGGGAACUGAAUAAGCGACUGCAGCAGGACUCCGAGCAUGGAGCCUAUAACGUCGUGGAGCGAGGAGAGAGUCAGCGAAUGGCUCCAAGGUCUGGACGCCCCCCUGCAGCAGUACCCGUUCUCACAGUGGCAGCUGUCGGGUCUGGAGCUGCUCCAGUUGUCCUCUCAGGACUUGGAAAGGCUGGGAGUCCAUAAGAUCGGACACCAGGAGCUCAUACUGGAGGCUGUGGAGAAACUCUGCUCUCUGACGUAUGGCAUGGGCAGCGAGAGCCUGCGAAGUCUGACAGAGAAGCUGCGUGCCGUUGCACACACCCUCCAGAUGGGCAUCCAGAACCGUUGGCGCGUCAACACCUACGACGGGCGGAGCGCCACCAAGCUGCCAGCUGGCGUACUGCAGGUUGUAGUGGAGCUCAUCACCUCUGCCAAAGGACUCUUCUCACUGCUCAACAGAUAUCAGUUUUUCCAGCUCAGUGGAUACACCGCCAGCAAGAGCAUAAUCGGCUACUGUCAAGAGCUGGGAGCAAUUAUACACAAGGACAGCACGGUCUACGAGAAAGAAAAAGACAUCAUCUCUGUAUGCCGUCAGCUGGUGGCGGUAUGUGAUGACGUCCUGAGCUCCAGUCCGGAAGCGCUCCUUUCCCACACCGCUCAGCUAGAGAGCGUCGAUCUAGUGCCUGUAUCACCUGGCGAUCACCUGGGUAUUGAGAUAACGUCGACUUGCUCCAGUAACCACUACGUGACUGGGACUGCUACUGAGUCUGCAAAUGAUUUCUGUGAGAAGAUCCUGGCUGGCGAUGAAGUCAUUAAAGUCAAUGACCAGAUAGUGGUGGGCUGGAGCAGAGCGAACCUGGUGAAGAAGCUCAAGGAGAACCCGAGCGGAGUGACUCUGGUCCUGAAGAAGAUCCCUGGCUCGCUCCGACGCAGAGACACCAUCCCGCGGAUCUCCUCUACACAAAGGGGGGAAGAGGAGGAAGAAGAGGAGGAGGAGCAAGAGGGGGAGGAAGAGGAGGAAAGCAACCAGAGGCACUCAAUAUUUGAGCGGGUUGCAGCUUCGGUCAGGUCUUUGUCUUUUAGGAGAGCCAUUCACGGGCCAGAGGCACCUCAGGAGCCGAUGGGACAGGAGGAAUCAGAGCUCUCCUCUGACAGGGGGCUGGAUGGGAGUUUGACUGUCACGUCACAUCAAAACCAGCAGGGGGGGCUGUCACCCUCAGUGGAGUCUGAGGGUUUCGAGGCUUCAAGACUCUCCCCUGGAUCCAGGAGGGACAGGUCGCUGUCGCCCAGAAGUCUCUCCCCGCGAGGAUCGGUGUCACCCAGACACUUGUCCCCGCAGGAAGUCACCCAGGGACGAGCAAGUGUCAGUUCAUGUCCUGAGAUGGGGGGACAUAUGGAGAACAAGGAACGUAAGAAGAGUUCUACAAAAGGUAUGACAACAGCUCUGAGUCGGCGCCGUGUGUCCUGCCGUGAGCUGGGACGUCCCGACUGCGACGGCUGGUUGUGGAAGAAGAGGAAGGAGAGCAGCGUCUUCAUCACCCAGAAGUGGCAGCGCUUCUGGUUUGUGCUCAAGGGUCCUUCACUCUACUGGUACACCAGCCAACAGGAGGAGAAAGCGGAGGGCCUGGUCCAGAUCGCCAGCUACAACAUCGAGAGCGCUGGAGAACACAAGCGGAAAUAUGUGUUCAAAAUGCGCCACAACCGAUUUCAGAACUUCUUCUUCGCUGCUGACAAUGUUACCGACAUGAGCAAAUGGAUUAAUUGUUUGAUUACAGCCAUACAGAAGCACAGGAAGUUCUGCACUGACCCACCAGACAGUGAAGAGGAAUGCUACAGCGAGACAGAAUCAGAGGAUGAGCGGUCGCCUUCACCCCGCAGGAGAAACAAGAAAAUGCAGUCCAACACUCUGCCUCGUCCCAAGGGGAAGAAGAACAAGGUGCCGUUGUCGAGUCCUGCAACAGGGGGCAGCAAAGGAGCAGGUACCCCAGAGGAUGAGAUGGGCGUAAUGUUCAACAAACUAAAGGAAGGAGGAGUGUCUCUGAUUGGCCAAGACCAGCCGCUGACACACGACCACUUCAGGAAAUCUUUCAUUCGACGCAACAAGAACCCCAUCAUCAACGAGAAGGCGCACACGCUGCGUGCCCUGCAGAGCACCCUGAAGGCUAAAGAGGCCGAGCUGCAGCUGAUCAACAAGAUCCUGGAGGACUCCGACCUGACAGCCGCCAAGUUCCGUCAGUGGAAGGAGAACAACGAGGAGCUGCACCAGGAGAUUGAGCGACUGGCGCUCCUCAGGGCCUCCAGGGAGCAGGUUGGCGCGGUGCAGGACGCGCCUGCUGAGGAGGUCGGCAUGGAAACGGUCGCUACGGAAACACCCGCCUCAGAGACGGGAGGCGCGUGCAGACUGAGCCUCAGCGACGGGGAGCAGCUAGUGGACGUGGAGCCGUCCGACGUUCUCCUGGAGAUCCCGGCGGGUUCUCAGAACGCAGAACAGUCUCCGGUGCUAGAACUUUCUCUGGGAUCCCUGAGGGAUUCAAUAUCGAGGCAGCUGAGUGAGAUGGCAGGGGGCGGAGAAGCCACAGAGCAGUACUUCUACAUUUAAGGCCGGGCUGGAACAGUGACACCACUAUAAGGUUUCUCACUUGAUGAAAGUCAGACAAGACGUUUGUCACACAGUAAAAGUGGAAGAGCUGCCUCUCACUUUGUCGCCCUCGCUGUGAUUCACUGGAAAGCAUUAGUCAAACUGCCGUUAAAUGAGUGCUUCGAACAAAUAUGUCAGUGAAACACACCAGUUUAGUUUGAGCCUGUUUGUUGUUUUCCUCAGGAAACAGAAAGGCUGGACGAGUGUGAUUGUGAUGCAGGCCUAUCGCUUACUCACUUCAAACAUGAACUGAUCCAAGAAUUCAGCGAGAGAGAAAAGGCAAGACAGCGACGCACAGCCUCAUCCUGCGCUCUUUAGAGAGGCUAUCCUGCUGUGCUGAU